UCGCCUCGGUGCCGGCCGACCAGGCGGGCAGGCGGGCAGGGCGAGGAUUCUCCUCUCACACUACUGGGCGGCGGAGGCUGGAGCGCGAGGUGGAGGGGCGGGAAGGCCAGCAGAAGCGGCGGCGAUGGCUACGGCGGCGUCCAACCCCUACCUGCCCAGCAACAGCAUCCUGUCGGCGGGCUCCAUCGUCCACGCGGACUCCGGCGGGGGGAUGCAGCCGGGCAGCGUGGCCGUCACCUCGGUGUCCGGCGGCGGCGGCGGCGGCUACCGGGGCGACCCUUCCUCGGUGAAGAUGGUCCAGAGUGACUUCAUGCAGGGCGCCAUGGCGGCCAGCAACGGCGGCCAUAUGCUGAGCCAUGCCCACCAGUGGGUGACAGCCCUGCCCCACGCCGCCGCCGCGGCAGCCGCCGCCGCCGCCGCCGCCGCCGUGGAAGCCGGCUCGCCCUGGUCCAGCAGCCCGGUGGGCAUGACGGGCAGCCCGCAGCAGCAGCAGCAGCAGCAGCAGCAACAGCAGCAGCAGCAGCAGCAGCAGCCCGACGUGAAGGGAGGCGGCGGCCGGGACGACCUGCACGCGGGCGCGGCGCUGCACCACAGGCCGCCGCCGCCGCACCUGGGCCCGCCGCACCAGGGCCACUGGGGGGCCACCACGGCCGCCCACCUGCCUUCCAUGGCCAGCCAGCAGCAGCAGUCGCUCAUCUACUCGCAGCCCGGCGGCUUCACGGUCAACGGCAUGCUCAGCCCUCCGCCGGGCAGCCAGAGCCUGGUGCACCCGGGCUUGGUGCGCGGCGACACGCCGGAGCUGGGCGACCACCCGGGCCACCACCAUCACCACCACCACCACCACCCGCACCCGCACCCGCACCACGGCGGAGGCGGCGGCGGCGGCGGCGGCGGCGGCCUCAACAGCCACGACCCGCACUCGGACGAGGACACGCCGACCUCGGACGACCUGGAGCAGUUCGCCAAGCAGUUCAAGCAGCGCCGGAUCAAGCUGGGCUUCACGCAGGCCGACGUGGGCUUGGCGCUGGGCACUCUCUACGGCAACGUCUUCUCGCAGACCACCAUCUGCCGGUUCGAGGCUCUGCAGCUGAGCUUCAAGAACAUGUGCAAGCUGAAGCCUUUGUUGAACAAGUGGCUGGAGGAAGCCGACUCGUCCACGGGCAGCCCCACCAGCAUCGACAAGAUCGCCGCGCAAGGCAGGAAGAGGAAGAAGCGGACCUCCAUCGAGGUGAGUGUCAAGGGGGCCUUGGAGAGCCACUUUCUGAAAUGCCCCAAGCCCUCCGCCCAGGAGAUUACGAACCUAGCGGACAGCCUGCAGCUGGAGAAAGAGGUGGUCAGGGUUUGGUUUUGCAAUCGGAGGCAGAAAGAGAAACGGAUGACCCCCCCGGGGAUCCAGCAGCAGACACCCGACGAUGUCUACUCCCAGGUCGGCAACGUGAACUCCGACACGCCGCCCCCACACCACGGACUCCAGGCGAGCGUGCAGUGAAAAAGACAGCUAAUCGUCACAAACGUGAGGGGGAUUAUUGGAGAGAAGGGAGCGGAGGAGGAGGAGGAGGAGGAGGAGGAGAAGCAGAGAGGCUGAGGCAGAGAGGAGCGAGGGAGAAAGCGAAGCGAGCAAAGCGCUGGUGGGCAGCCGGG